UACUAAAUUAGCGUAUAAUAUGAUGUGUUUCGUAGUUUUAAAGUGUUAAGUGUUAUUUUUAUAUAAAACUUGGUUCAAAACUAUGUGCAGUGUUGUCUAAAAACAGUAUUAUCCCAAGAUAGAGUUCAUGAUCGCUAUGACCUAAAAUGCAUUAUAAACAAAAGUAAAUUUAUUUAUACCAAGUGUUGACUUAAUUUAUUCUCCCUACAAAUAAUCGCUCAGGUGAGUUAUCUCCUCACAAUAUGCAGUAGGAAUAUAUUGAUAAAUCAUGUUGUUUAAGUGAAAGCUGUCAAAAUGAAUGUUUACGAUUUAUGACAUCUGUGUUUGUGUUUUGUCCUUUUCGUAACGACUAUGUAAAUGAAUCGAAUUUUGUAUUUAUUUACAAAUAAAAACAAUUUAAAAUGGCCGAGAGCUACGUAAGCUAUUCUACCGAGAAUACUUUAGAAUCUCGAUUAAACAUUAAUAACAUGGCAGAUAGCGGAGAACCGGAACAUCUUCCAUCGUAUGUAGAACAGACAGAGAACGGAGAUCAAUUAGCUAGUAAUUCUAAAAUAUACGAUAUAAAUAAUUGUAAUGAAUCAGAGGACACCAAUAAUAUAAAUGAAAAUAGCCAUUCACCCGGGGCUUCGCAGACGAAUUCAUCGUCGAACGAAAAUGAUGAAAAAUGUGAAUUCAGUCCGAAAGAUAACGGCGACACGGAAGAGAAAAGUGAUAAAGAAGAACAAGCGAUGAUACCGGUAGUAACACCCUUCACUAACGGUAUCAUCAAAAGCGGGAAGCCGCGGCUGCUUUCUAUAAACAACAGCAAAAGGAACAACAUAGCGCCCAAAACGAGAGGUCGGCCAGCGAAGAAGACCUCGGUGGCCAUGUACCAGAGCCAGAUCAGCGACAACAACCACGGGAUCAAAUUGCGCAUUAAAAAAUCAGACACUCAACCCAAGAAAUCCCGCAAACGAGGACGAAAGUCAAAAAUCCACGACUCGGAUAGCGAAGAUUCUGAUUCCCACAGCAGAGGGAAGAAAAGUUCGAGAAACCAGCAGCAGCAACAGUCUAAUAAUAACACUGAACCUCUAGAGCAGUCCGCAUGGGGCUUGAAUCUGCCGCAACCGAUUCUUUAUAGGAUAUUUCAACUAGUCUGCGCCGAAGAAGGCUGCCUGCCUGCGCUGGUGCGGAUGUGUCGCGUGUGCAGCCUGUGGAGGCAGGUUGCCAUGUCUCCGUCACUUUGGCAGAAUAUUGAACUUUCGCGAUGGACAAAAGAGAAAUAUAGGACCGAAAUUAAUCUCAAGUGGCUGAUAGUCAAUAGAUUACAGAGUUGUCAGGAGUUGAACAUAUCAAACUGGAAAGUUCCGAAUAUUGCUUGUGUAUUGGAAAUUCUUGUGGAAAACUGUCCGGAGUUACGCGGAUUGAAUUUGACCGGUUGGAAAACUUUAACGGCAGAUCACUUACGAUUUAUAGCUGAGAGAUGCCCGAAUUUACAACGAUUGGACAUAUCAUCGAUAAACUCCGAAGUGAAUGUUACAAAGUCUGCGGUUUCAACAAAUUCUUUGUGUACCAUGUUAACAGAAAUGGGCGAAAGACUGACGCAUUUGUUAUUAGCCGACAACAGGAUAGCCGGAAUUCAACAAAUUGUUACUGCCAUUGCGACAUGCUGCCCAAACUUGAGGUUGUUAGAUCUCUCCAACAUUCGAAGUAUAUCACAUUCAUCAGGAGUUCUACAUAUAGAGAAGUUACAAGAAGGUUGCCAAAAUUUGAGAGUUUUACGGAUAACGAAUAGCAACAUUGUUUUGUCUAAUGCCAGCAUACAAGAGCAGUGUGAAUCUCCAGGCUUUCCCAACUUAGAAGAAUUAUCAAUAGCUUCAUUGGGAGACGAUUCACGUCUAAUGGAUGACGAUGCUAUGAGCAGAGUGUUAAAGUCAAGUACCAGAUUAAAGUUAUUAGAUGUACGCGGAUGUGCAAGAAUUACUGAAUCCAGUCUCGUCAGGGUACCAGCCUGGGAUUUAGCACAUUUAUUUUUAGCAGGAAGUUAUGUUACAAGAAUGACUAGUUCUGGUUUAGAACUAAUAGCACAAAAAUGGGCUCAUAGUCUUGUAGAAUUAGAUUUGGCUUGGGCUAAUGCUCAAGAACCUUUGGACUGUGCUGUUAACGCCAUAGCAGAAAAAGGUGCAGAAGGCCGAUUAAGGGUGCUGAACUUGUGCGGAUCAUCUGUAAGUCUAGAACCAGUAAAAGCCGUUCUGAAGAAUUGUGCUCAUUUAGUUUCCUUAAAUUUAACGUCAUGUCGAGGUUUACCAAGAGGUGUGAAAAGGUUGUAUGUUUAUUCGGAAUUGGAUGAAUUAAAGAAUGCUUUGAACAAACCUGAUCAAAGUGAUAAAUCUGACGAAGAUAAAUAAAAAGGAUUUAUAAUAGAAACAAAAUCCUUGAAGACGAUGAACAAUAUGUAUUUAUUAAUAAAUAAAAUUACAAAAUAAAAAGAAGAUGCUCCAAUCAUUUUAACAAAGUGUAUGUAAAGAUAAAAUUUUACAAAUUUAUUAUAGACUUUAUAAUACUAGACCCAAGUGAGAAAAAAAUAUUUUUUUCCGUAUUUUAUGUGAUAAAGUAAUAUUAUUACAUGGUUACUAGUGUUUUAGAAAUAAGUGCUAGAAUUAAAAGAAAAGAUAUACAAUAUCACGGCUUACUGCAUAGAAAAUGUAAACUGAGUGGGGCAUUGAUUAAUUAAUGAUUGUUGUGAAAAUUUUAAUUAUAUCAAAUAGUUAUAGAGAUUAUAAAAUAUUUAAUACCGA